CAGCAACCGCAUCAAUCAAGUCGCAAGAUCGUCGCUCGCACCCAAAAUCCAUCACAAUGGCCCCCCAAAAGAAGAGCAAGAAGGAUGCCAACAGCAUCAACUCCAAGUUGGCGCUUGUUAUGAAGUCCGGAAAGGUCACCCUCGGAUACAAGUCUACCCUCAAGUCUCUCCGAUCCGGCAAGGCCAAGCUGAUCAUCAUCGCUGGCAACACUCCUCCCCUGAGAAAGAGUGAACUCGAGUACUACAGCAUGCUGUCCAAGGCUCCCAUCCACCACUUUGCUGGCAACAACAUCGAGCUCGGCACUGCCUGCGGAAAGCUCUUCCGCUGCUCCACCCUUGCCAUCCUGGAUGCCGGUGACUCUGAUAUCCUCAGCGACCAGCAGGCUUAAACAGCCAACAUCUUGUGCAUUCAACGGCGUUGGGGGUAAAACGGUUCACGGGCAAUAUGGAUACCAUUUCACUUUCACGUGAUGUGUAAAGCGAAAUUUUUUGAUGCGAGACAUCUACUACGAAGCAACGUCCUCGGGACAUGAAAAGCAAAAAUCAAAAGCUUCCAAGUGAUAGUUAUCUCAAUGGAAUAAUACAGCCAUGAAGACUGUUCCCCUGUCACGUUG